AUGUAUGGUGAGAUCUUGUCUCCCAAUUACCCUCAGGUGUAUCCUAAUGAUGUGCAGGAAUCUUGGGAAAUCCAGGUCCCUUCGGGAUAUGGCAUUCGCCUUUAUUUCACACACCUGGAUCUUGAACCAUCGCAGAACUGUGAAUAUGACUCUCUGAAGAUCCUGUCUGGUGGCCAUCUUGAAGGUGUGCUUUGUGGGCAGAAGAAACCUCGUGCCCCUGGCUCCUCGAUCGUGGAGGAGUUUCAUGUCCCUUAUAACACCCUCACUAUGAGCUUCCAAUCAGACUUUUCCAAUGAGGAGCGUUUCACUGGUUUUGCAGCCUACUACGUUGCAGUGGACUUGGAUGAGUGCACAGAUUUUGUGGAGGAACCUUGCAGUCAUUACUGUAAUAAUUAUAUUGGAGGUUACUUCUGUACCUGUCCACCGGAUUAUUUCCUCUAUGAGGAUAUGAAAACAUGUGGAGUGAACUGCAGUGGAAAUGUCUUCACCGAGCCAUCAGGGGAGAUUACCAGCCCCAACUAUCCCAGCCAGUACCCAGAGAACUCGCGGUGUGACUACCAAGUGGCUCUGGGGCCAGGCUACUUUGUGGCGUUGACCAUACGCAGUGGGGACUUCGACGUGGAACCAGCCAGCUCAGAAGGAAGUUGCCACGACAGCUUAAUAAUUGUUGCUGGAAAGCAGCGUUUUGGUCCUUACUGUGGCAGCAAAUUCCCAGGCCCUCCUGAAAUCAAAACUAGGAGCAAUACUGUUGACAUAAUCUUCCAGACAGACCAUGCAGUACAGCACAAAGGCUGGAAAAUACGCUACUAUGGGGAUCCUGUAACCUGUCCCCCAAGUGUCAUCCCCAACUCUGUUCUUGACCCAAAGAAGGAUAGGUAUGUCUUCAAGGACAAUGUGAAGGUUACCUGUGUGGAAGGCUACGAAAUUGUGAUGCAACGAGACAGCAUCAUGACUUUUCACUCCAUCUGUCAGGACAACGGUGAAUGGACUAACUCCCAUUUCAGCUGUGUUCCUGUGAACUGUGGCAAUCCUAUAGCUAUUGACAAUGCCCAAACCAUCUAUGUCUCUGACCUUCAUGAGCCUCUGUACAAAGCUGCUUUCCGGUAUCAAUGUGAUGCACCUUACUAUACCCUAAAAACCGAAGGGGAUGCGGUGUAUCAGUGCUCGGCCAGUGGAGAAUGGGUCAACGAAGAAAUGGGAACAAAGCUACCAAAAUGUGUCCCAGUCUGUGGGGUGCCUAGUAAGCCCAUCCAAGACAAAGCAAAGAUUUUUGGAGGCACCCUUGCAGAAAAGGGCAACUUUCCCUGGCAAGUGUAUUUUGACUACCCAAGAGGAGGUGGUGUACUCAUCUCUGAAAGAUGGGUAAUGACUGCAGCUCACGUGCUGGAGGGAUAUGACAAGCCCAACAUGUAUGCUGGGGUGAUCAAUGUUGCUAGAGAAUUCCUGUAUGGGGAGGCCAAGCAGCUGAUCCCAGAAGCUUCAUUCAUCCAUCCUGGCUGGCAGAAGGAGCCCACAGAAAGCAGGAUUGAUUUUGAUAAUGACAUUGCGCUACUGAAGCUGAGGGAUCCUGUGAAGAUGGGCCCAAACAUCUCACCCCUCUGUCUUCCCGGUAAAUCACCUGACUAUGAGCUGCAGGAAGGGACUCUGGGCUACAUUGCUGGCUGGGGGCAGAGAGAGAGAGGAAGACUGCCUAUUUAUCUUUGGAAGGCCCAGAUUCCCGUGGUGGACAUGGACAAGUGCCGAUCUGUGAAACCAGAGGGCUCUGCUGAUUCCAGUGCUUACCGAUUCACCGACAAUAUGAUCUGUGCUGGUGGUGACAAGGACAGCUGCAAGGGGGACAGCGGUGGAGCCUACGCUAUCCAAGAUCCUCUGGAUGACAGACGGUACUACGCAGCUGGCCUGAUCUCCUGGGGACCAAAAUGUGGUACCUUUGGUCUUUACACCAAGGUGGUGCGUUAUCUGGACUGGAUUACGGAGACCAUGAGCAAGAAUGAGGAUGACGAAGCUUGGCAGGAUUAG